AUGACUCUCGCCUCACUGAAGCGUCAUUUGUCGCGAGCUCUUGCUCAUCACGAUGUAGAAGCCAGUGGUGCUGACUCGGCGAGCCCAAAAAAAAUAGCUAAGGCAGACAAACAACUGCAACAUGACCGCCAAUCCAGCACCAAGGCAUCAAUAUAUCAGCACUCUCCGACACAUUCCGGACAUACACUCCACAAUCCCGAGCACGCAUCGACAGAUCUAUCAGCUGAUGUGAUGGUCCAUGUCAUGACUGUAGGCGACAGUAUUAUCACCAUCGAGUCGCAACGGGAGGACGACCAGGUAGAGCAACCAGCAGCUAAGCGCAGAAGGAGAACGCUCGGGAUUCGCAGGGUCAAGACAGCUCCUGCGGCCAGCCGGACAGUUCCCCUUCAUGGGUCUGUGACCACUAUCGAGUCGGUUUCGAAAAGCAACCGCCUUCGGGCUUGGUCUUACCCGCUGUCCAACUUCAAAGACAAUCUAAUCCGACGCAUGCGCCGAGGCACCGAGCCCAAGGAGGCUCGCAACGAAACUCGCAGAGGCAAGAUCUCCUGUGAGCUAAAUUCUGAACGUCAGUCCUCUGCUGAUGUUGAUGGUGCACAAAGUCCAUCACAAGAACCAUACUUCCUGAUGUCCGGAGCGUACCAGGGUUCUUUAUCGCAUGUGAACCUUGCUACAGAUGAGAUGGCUAUCUCACCGCGGACCUCGAUCGAUCUAGGCAAUAGACCUCCUGCUUGGAUGCGACCAGAUGGUUCUCCGACAAAUCCUGCCACAGAGUUGAGCAGCCGCAAUGGGGACCAAGACAAGCGUAAAGAUUCGCAUUUCCAUGGUGUUUUGCAGAUCAAAGAGCAAACAUCUGCAGAGAUGGAAGGAAAUACUAGAGAACUAACGCCGGAUGAGCACCAACGUAAAAGCUCCAUAUUCCUGCUACGCCCGAUUUACUGGAUUAGGCAACAUUACGCCUCUUCCCCUGUUCGUUCCUUGUCAGCUUCGUCGUCUUCUUCUGACUCGCCGUUGUCGUCCCCUGUCAUGCCACCCGCUUGUCCGCCUCGCCGGAUACAAGAGAUGUACACGUCUCAGGCACAUCCCGCUAUUAGCAGGUUAUUUAAAGCUUCCAGUUGCGACGAGCUGUAUAGCGGAUCGCAACUCCAUCUACCUCCAGGCUUCGAAAUACCUGCUGAAGGUCAAGCCGGACCAGUCGAUUGGGUGCACCGCGGUUGGGAAGAGCAUUAUCGUCGCUCGGCCGAAUCAGCACACCAAGCCUGCCACUCUUUGACCGCUGCCCGUAGCCUCCCUGCCAGAAACGAGGUCUUUCAACGCUAUAAUGUCGUAUCUGCAUGCCACGGAUCACAAUGCGUCCAAACUCAACGAGUGCAGUCGAUACCAUAUUCCACAGAACACAUCAGCCAAGCUUGGGAUUUUGCAGUGGAUGGUAAGGGAAAGGGUCGCAGGUGUGUGGAAGAUGUUGGCGCAGAGGACUGGAGAGGCAGACGCGACGUCAGACAAAACGCCGGUGCAGGACACCAGAGACAGAGGCGUAGAAGAAGCAAAGGAGCAUGUGUGACUACUGUCACACUAGGCGAAUGCAACUUCGCGAAAGAAUUGGAGCAGAGUGCGGAGCAGAGUGUUGCAUGA